UUCAAAAAAAUUGAAAAAAGAAUGGAUAGAAGUAGAAGGGAUAAAAGAGGCUCUAAAAGAAGUAGAUGUUCUAGAUCUCCACAAGAAAGAUGAGAAUUUGAUGGAGUCGAAAGAUUCGAGAACGAAAUAAAAAGGAAUUUUUGAGUUCAAAAAAUAAAAAAGGAGAAAUUGAUAGUGGAGAAAUUGUUAAUUCUGCUGAAAAGCAUAGCGAACUAAUUCAUUUUACUUUGCCAAGUGAAAAUACUUCAACUUUGGACGCUACACGAUGUGAAAGGGCAAAUAGACAACUAAAUGUUUUACCAAAUGGAAAUCGUGUUUGGAAGGCAGAAUGUCUAAUUAUUUUUGCUCAAAAAGAGUUUGAUGUACUCAAGAAGAUAUACGAACAAGUUCCGGUAAAGAUUUUUUGGUUUAAUUAUUUUUAGGAUUUUAUUGAUUCUCAAUUAUUGAUUGAGUCCAAAAUUUUGACUUUUUUUGGGCUAACCUCCGCAGUUUUGGGCUAACCUUUGGGCUAACCUCCGCAGUAAAAAGGGCUAACCUCCGCAGUAAUGACGAUGGUCAUUUUGUGAGUUGGAUGGGAGUCAGGUUUUCCUCUGUCCGGACUCAUUCCAAGAUUUCCAUCUCCCGUUUUGUUUCUUUCCAUCUUUCCCUCCAACAUCACUCAUACCAUCCCUUUAAACUUUUUUUAAUUUAAAUAUAGAAUGGACACAACCUCAACUAAUAUCCCCAGCACUAAAUCUGUAGAUGAAGAUCCUUUGGACGCUUACAUGGCAGAAUUUCACAAAAAGCGAGAGUUGGAGCAGAGAACAAAAAAGCUCGUUUUGUUGUGA